AUGGAAAAAUCCCACUCGCUCCCAACUGACCCAACUGAGCCAACUGAGCCAGCAUCUGAAAUCCCUGAUGUCGAUAAACUCCCACGCGUUGCAGAUUCUAUCCCACUGUCCGUUUGGCUUGUCGCCCUCUUAGCCCUUGCAGAAAGAUUCACCUUCUAUGGACUCUCUGCACCAUUCCAGAACUACAUGCAAAAUGGGCGUGACGACCCCCUUCGACCAGGUGCGCUAGGCUGGGGCCAACGGACCGCCUCAUUGACCUCUAACCUUUUCUAUAUUCUCACCUGUAUUACGCCUAUCUUCGGUGCUAUUGCUGCCGACAAAUGGCUGGGUCGCUACCGGCUACUGGUCGUAUCCUUUGCGAUUUACCUGGUCGGAACCGUCCUGCUGCUUGUCUCCAGCCUUCCUGAGGUCCUUGGUCGUAAAUCUGGCGGCGGAGUUUUCAUUACCUCCAUCAUCCUAAUUGGCGUCGGCAUGUCGGGGGCAAAUGCGAACCUUGCUGCCUUCAUCGGCGACCAGUAUACCAAAGAGGGUGGCACUGUUGAGGUGCGCAAUGGGAAUCGGGUCGUCAUUGAUCGCGACCGAACAAUUGAGUCAAUCUAUAACCUAUUUUAUUGGUGCCUCAACGUGGGAUCACUCUCGGGCAUCGCGACCACCCUACUCGAGAGAAACGUUGGCUUCUGGGCGGCCUUCCUCCUUCCACUCUGCGCUCUGAGCAUCUCCGCGGCCCUGCUAGUCUUUGGUCGUCGGCAUUACACUAUGUGUGCUCCAGAGAAGUCUGCUCUCCCUGAUGCUGUACGCGCAUCGUUGUAUGCCUCCAGGAGCGGCUUCCGCAUGGACCACGCCAAGCCACAGUAUCAGCUCGAACACCACGCACGCCAGGUUCCCUGGAGUGAAUCCUUCGUUGACGAGCUCAAGCAAGGACUGAAAGCGUGCCGCAUGCUGCUUGCGUGGCCCAUUUUAUGGCUCUGUCGAGUGCAGCUCAGCACAAACCUAAUCUCGCAGGCCGCGCAGAUGGACACGGCGAGCGUCCCGAACGACAUGAUCUACAACGCCAACCCGGUGGUUAUCAUCAUAUUCCUCCCCUUGUUUGACAGCUUCCUAUAUCCAUGGUUGCGUCGACGAGGCAUCACCCUCAACGCUGUGACACGGAUCUCGCUCGGUUUCGUUCUAGAAGCCUUCGCUAUAGCCUACGCCGCCAUCGUGCAGAAGCUAAUUUAUUCCUAUGGGCCCUGCUAUGAAUUCCCCCUGCAAUGCGCGGCCUCACAGGGUGGCGCCAUUCCGAAUCACAUCAGCGUGGCUGUACAGAUCCCUGUCUACGUGUUGGAAGCGUUCGAGAUCUUCGCGACCCCGGCAGGAUACGAGAUGGCCUUCCUUCUGUCACCUAAGAGCAUGAAGUCCAUUCUGCAGGCCAUGUUCUCGCUGACAAAUGCAGUUGGCGCGUCGUUGAGUAUUGCCAUCUCUCCUAUAUACAAGAACCCGGCUUUGUUGUGGAUGUAUGUGAGUCUUGCCGUGGCGAUGGCGAUUGAUUCCUCGGUGUUCUAUUUGGUAUUUGGUAUUUUCGACUCCGGGGAGGAGGGUCAGAAAAAAAAUGAAAAGAAGAUUGCGCCGAUUAUGCAAGAUCCAGAGCUGGAUGUGGAGACUCAAUAA